AAUUAAGAAAACCAAAACAAAUCGCAUCAAGUACACCAACCAACCAUGACCCAAUCUACACAGACUUGAACGACUCCUUCCGGAGGCUUGAUUAUAUAUCCGAAUCCACGGCCUUUCUCUCGCCUGUCUUUUGAGAUUAUUAUCCUGAAAUCGGGUAGAGGGUGCCUCAUCCAAUCUUUAGCAUUCAUCGGUUGAUCAUCAUGCAGAACCUAGUUUCUGGCUUGGGCAAACUGGCUCUCCGAUCCAGUGGCAUUGCCAGCCAAUCCUUCGUCUCUUUAACCUCCCUCAACGGGCGUCUACCCUCGUCAUGUCGUGCCAUGUCCUCCGAGAUCAAUUAUGAAGACAUUCGCGCCGACAAGAAGAUGUACAAUCACCACUUUCACGCUGAGCGCGUCAAAACCCGAGUGCCCAGACGCAAUCCCUUGGGCGAAAACACGCCCUUCGCCAAAGGUGUGGUGCUUCGCACCCUCGUCAAAAAGCCUAAGAAACCCAAUUCGGCCAAUCGGAAAUGCGUGCUCGUCCGACUAUCCAAUGGCAAAGAAAUGACCGCCUAUGUCCCUGGGGAGGGCCACAAUCUACAAGAACACAAUGUGGUCCUGGUAUGCGUGGGCAAUCUACGGGAUGUGCCCGGAGUCAAGCUCAAGUGUAUCCGAGGAGCCUACGAUCUCGGCCAUCCGGUCAAGAAAUAGACGCGCUUCGUUUCAUUUCAAACUAGUUUAGUGAUUUUGGAGAUGGAUGAAGGCACUUGGAACAAAAAUAUGCCAGUGAUCAUUCAUCUAUCUACCGCUCCGACGGGUUAGAGCUUGAGAAAGAGUUCCAACACCAGGAGAGUCUCGUCGACUUGGGCCAGACUGGAAUGAAGUUUGUCGCCACAACGACGGAUCUGUUUGACCAAAUCGUGCUCAGCCGGGGAGAGCUGGAAAAUGAAUUGAGUACUCGCAGCAUCAAAUAAAUCAACCUAGCUCCUACGUCCUGUCAAAGGAUGAUCGUCCGUCCUUCCACUUACCAUGUCUUGAACCUCUUCAAGUUGCUGCGUUCGCUCUUCUUCCGAGACGAAUUCUUCCGAGGCAUUGAUGUUACUCGUGAUUGAAUCGAUCCGAUCCUAUAAAUGAACGAUGGCGUUAAUCAAAAUCUCGGGAGAUUGAUCCAGGAAAAAUGUGAAAUCCAAAUGGCUCACCUGUUUCUCCAAUAAUCGAGCGUUAAUUUGAAGCUCAUGAUUCUUCCGGAUAAUGGCAUUCGAGAGCGACAUGUAACACAUUUCUUGGACCAUCCGAGCGACCUAGCAACAAAUGGCGGGUUUAGCAUCACAACUCAUAGAUCAGGUAUUAAUUUACGAGUCAAGGUGCACACUUGGUUCAAAUCGACAUGGAACAAGUAGAAUGAUUUGGCGACCACAUUGGCCGAGAGCGAUUUCCGAAGCUCUUGGACUUGGAUGAAGUUGUUCUCGAGGAGUUGAUAGGUCAUCAAUUUAGUCUCUCGCGCGGGAAUCAUGACCAGUUUCUGAAUUUGCGAUUCUUCCACGUACAACUUGUCUCGCACAACCCU